GCCAAGGCGGCGACCAGCGAGAAGCACGGGCAGCAGCAGCGGCAGCCGUCGCGCUCCUCGGCAUCGCAUUCAUUAAGAAGCCUGGGCCACUACGAAUGACGAGUGCCGCGCCCUGGCGCCGCCCGCAUCUGAGCGGGAGGACCCUGGGGGCCUCCGCGUCCGUGCCGACGCUGCCGGCGCUGGUGCCGCGGCCUGGCUCCUCCGCUCCCUCCGCUGCCUCCGGCGCCAGCGGCGGCGGCCGCGGUGCCCCGCCGGAGCGCCGCGCCAGCCGCCCGGCCAGCUCCGCGAGCUCGGUGCUGUCGGGCGCGUCCCGGCGCUCGUCGAGCUGCUGGUCGCAGGCCGUGCCGUCCACGGUGCUGCAGCUGGAGCUGGAGGAGGAGCGGGAGCGUCGCGAGCGCGCCGAGCGGGAGCUGAGCGCGCUGCGGGCCCAGCUGGCCAAGCUGUCGAAGUAAGCCGCCUCGUGCCGGCCGCUCCCUGCAGCGCAGGCGCUGCGUCGCGCCCCGUCUAUCCCGGGAGGGGCAAGAGGAGGAUGAGGAUGAGGAGGAGGAGAUGACACGAUGUCCGCUCUGCAAGCUGUGCGUGCUUUUCGCGCUUCUCUCGCGCAAGGGCCCUGCACGUCUCCGGGAGCAGCUCGUUGAUGGGUUCGCGUGACUGGCGUGCCACGGAUUCUGUGUCAGCCCUCCGAUGUGUGCCUUCGAUGUUUUCUGCAUGUGCUGCACGCGCUGCCUCUCCACCAGCGCACGACUUGCGCCAGGGGGCGAUGCGAUCGGGCGCGCGGACACUGUAGAUCUGCUCCUGCGCAGCGAGUCUUUAUUCGUCGCUCGGACGUGUGUGUUUUUUUUUCUCGGCGAGCACGCGCGGAACCGAGCCAUGCACGAGGAACGAACGUCCGAGCGACGGCACGUUCUGGGGCUGCUGAUUGUUUCACUGCGCUGCCUGAGUAUGUCAAUUCGGGCCUGCGGAUUCUGAGAGUCGAGCCGCUGCUCUGCUGGACAGCAGCGGUGCUCUCAUUCGAGCCCGCCUCCGCCUCCUCCUCCUCUUCCCCCUCCUGCCGUGCACGCCCUCGCCCUCCUCCUCCUUCUUGUGCUGCUUCUUUUGUUUCUCGUCCUCCUCUUCCCCCUCCUCCUCCUCCUCCUCCUCC